AGUUUCUGUGUUUACAGCUGCCCAGGGUUGUAGCUGCGGGAGCAGUGGUUUAACGAAGAUUAAAUGGAAGUUGUUUUAUACGUUUCUACAGACGAAUAACAUGCUAAAGUGCGUGCUUGUAUUACCAGCAACCCUUGGUGAAAAUCACGAUUUGGAGGAUUGAGAGCUCUGGCCAUGUUGGCUAACGUUGCUACGAGGUUAACGCGCGAGACGACAGUAGCAGCAGCUGCUAAUUGAACAGAGCGGCUACCUGGUCCAUCCAGUCCAGGAAGUUAGGAGGAAGCGGGGUCAUGGGUGCGGAGAGCAGUGCGGUGCGGAGCUGCACUCUGCUGGAGGAGCCGCUGCUGACUCUGCCAUCCGGACCCACCAUGUACUCCGCGGUUCUCCAAGACGGGAAACCUGCCUCUGUGUUUGUCCAUAAGAUGGGUAAUGAAGACAAUGUCAACAAAGCUGCUAAGCAUCUGAAGACACUGAGGCACCCGUGUCUGCUGCGAUUCCUGUCCUGCUCGGUGCAGGACGGCGGCAUCCACCUGGUAACGGAACAUGUGCAGCCUCUGGAGCUGCUAUUGGACAGCCUGUCCCCAGAGGAAAUCUGCGCUGGCAUCUACGACAUCCUGCAGGCACUCGUCUUUCUGCAUGAGAGGGGUAAAUCGAGCCACAACAACGUCUGCAUUUCAUCCGUGUUUGUCAGUGAAGAUGGUCACUGGAAGCUGGGAGGAAUGGAGACUGUAUGCAAGUUCUCUGAAGCAACACCAGAGUUUCUCAGUAGUAUUCAGAGUGCCAGAGAGGCCGCUUGUGUUCCUCCUGAAGAGCAGGUGGAAGGCUUUAAAAUCCUUCCAGAGAAACAUGCUCAUGCCCGCGACUGUUAUUCUUUUGGUAUAAUGAUGGAGGCUCUUCUUCCCCUCUUAAAUGAUUACGUGUCACAGGAGCUCUCUGACAGUCUGACAAAAACACUGCAGGCAGGCCUGCUGAACUCAGACCCCCUGGCUAGACCCCCACUCAGCUCCUUGCUCGACCAUGACUUCUUCAGGAAUGACUUCCUGGAAGUGAUGAAUUUUCUGAAGAGCCUCACUCUGAAGACAGAAGAGGAAAAAAAUGAAUUCUUCAAGUUUCUCCUCGACCGUGUCCAGAACCUUCCCGAAGAGCUGAUAGCUUCACGUCUAGUUCCCAAACUUCUCCAUUCUCUUGUUUUUGCUGAACCCAUGGCCGUCAAGAGCUUCCUCCCUCAUCUGCUAAGACCAAAAAAUGAGUCCAGCUGUGGUGACAGUGGUGAGAGCUGCCUGCUGUCUGUGUCCCUUCACCGGAAACAUGUGAUUCCUCUGCUGCUUAAACUCUAUAAAGUGAAAGAAGAGCAUAUUCGGGUUGUGCUCUUGGCUCACAUUGACAUUUACGCAGAGUUCUUUUCCCAUGAUGAACUAAAAAACCAGAUCCUACCUCAGGUUUUGUUGGGAAUGAGAGACACCAAUGACGCCUUGGUUGCCAUGACACUGCAAAGUCUGGCUGUUCUGGUGCCUUUGCUGGGAGCUCAAGUGGUUGUUGGCGGAGACAGAACCAAGGUCUUUAAACGCACCACACCCGGUUUUACCAAGUCUGCAGAGGUCACACCUGAAACUUCACCCAGCCACAUAGUUGGAAGCUCCAAAUCUCAGAUGAUUCAACCUUCCAAAGUUUUAAAUAUGUUUCCCAAAACAUCGGGGACCGAAGGCUCAGUCCUCAGUCAAAUAGGAAACUUGACAGACACACAAGAGAAGCCAAGAAUUGCACCAUCAUCUUAUUCAAGUCGAAACCUGUCUUUACCAUUAAAUGGCUUUCAUCAGGAUAAUAAAAGAAAGGAAAUUUUCCUGGGCCCAGAGCAGGCUAACAGACUAGAGGGCGCUGUGGACGAAUGGCCAGACUGGAGUGAAAAUGAGAUGGGGGGAAAUAGAAACACGCAGUCUGUCCACAUUCAGAUUCAGGCAUCAAAGGGAGUCGAUGGCGUUAGCAACAGAUUACCCACUGAAAAUGCAGAGGAAGAACCUUGGGAUGACAUAGAGGACCCUGAACCUGCCUCAGACUUCUCCCCUACGGCUCCUUCUGCAGAUUCAGAAAUUCUUGCACCUUCCAGAGGAAGCACCUCUACAGCUGCAGAUCAAACUCCUGAAGCAUUGCCUCUGAAAUCUUCUAGACCCCUAAAACUGACUUCAGCGCCUCGUCAGAUGACAGAGAGCAAGAACUCUGACUCAUGGAACAAUGACUGGAGUCAACAGGACUUCCAGAAAACUGUCAACCCAUCAGUCCCAGUGUCCAAAUCUGGAGUGCCAAUAAAGGGUGAGAGGACAGGUCUGGGGGAUGAGUUCACCAUUAAGGUUAAGAAGAAGAUGGAGCAGGACCCAGAGAUGGAUUUGUUUGCAGACAUGGUGCCGGACAUCAAGUUAUCUUCUACCACCCUACUGCUUCUAGAGAAAAGUGUCGCAGGACCUUCUGUAGACCUUUCAGAGAAAACACUAGAGGUCGACUCAUGCAUUGAUACCGUAACACUUACUGCCAAGUUUGCAGCAGCUAACCCUUCUGAGGCUGAAGCGGAUGGCUGGGGAGACGGAGAUGACCUUAACUGGGAGGAUGAGAAUGCCUGGUGAUGUUUAACAAAACCUUUAUCUGGAGCCAAACCUUCCAACCUUUGGAGAUCUUUGAUCCAUGAACUGCAUCUGGAGUUACCCAGCAAAGCAGUAAACGUGAAGCUUCUCAUGAUCAGAUGAUGGAGUGAAAAGGUUUAUGGUUUAUAAUGGGAAUGUAUGGCAUAAUGGCGAAGGACAUACGGACUGCUCGAUUGUGCUAAACCUGGACAGAUGAUGCCAUUUGUUAUUCUUUGCCUGUUGAUGUUAUGUUGGCUCAAUAAGGUUAAAGAUCCUAAUUAGAGGUAUAUAGCAUUGCUUUCAUGUUUUGUUUUUAUGUACCAAAUCUAAGCUCAAGAUAGAAGCUUUAGCAGGACAAAUGGUUGCUUCCUAGAGGCUUGCACUUUGAAUAAAUGUGAAAU